AAAAUUUUGUUUUGUUUGUUUUUUCCCUCUUAUAAAGAUUUCGAAGUGAUAAGAAGAAGGAAUGGGAAUGGAGAUGACGGUGGAGAGGAAGACGGAGAUGGCGGUGGAGAGGACGACGGAGAUGGCGGAGGAAGGAUGUACGACGCCGAGAAGCAGGAUAUAUAGGAUUCCGGUGGCUUCUGUUUGUCCACCGCCGCCGAGGAAGAAAUCCAUGGUUGUUAGGAAACGAGAUCCGCCUAUGAACUGUUAUUUUCAACCACCGGAUCUGGAAGCUCUCUUCUACGCACAGCCUCGACGAGAAGCUUGCGCUUAGACAGUUUUCAGUUUUUUUGGAUUUUGAUUCUUCUUCUUUUUGGCUUUUCUAGGGUUUUCUUUUUUUCACCUUCUUCCCUCUGUAUAUACAUGUUUAGGAUUUGUUCUUAUUGCUUAGAUUCAAUCAUCUGUGUCGAAAUUGGAAUUUUCUAUGAUGAAAUUGAGAUCUGUUUUCGAAUUCGAAUCUGUUGGCUUGUCUUUGUAGAUCUAAAGAAAGAUUGUGAAACUCUGGUUCUUCUGUUUAUUAUUGGUUUUAAGAGUUUGUUUUUGCAAUUA